AUGUUGGGAGUCUUUAUUAAAUAUCACAAGUCUCCAGUGGUCAAAGCCAACAACCGAGACCUCUCCUACAUUCUCCUCGUCUCCCUCCUCCUUUCUUUCUUGUCAUCCUUUCUGUUCAUUGGCCAGCCUGGGAGAGUAACCUGCCUUCUCCAACAAACAACCUUCAGCAUCAUCUUCUCGGUCGCUGUCUCUUCUUUGUUGGCCAAAACCAUCACUGUGGUGGUGGCAUUCAUGGCCACAAAGCCAGGGAACAGGAUGAGGGGAUGGCUGGGAAAGAGUUUGGGCAACUCCAUUGUUCUUUCUUGUUCUGGUAUUCAAGUUGGCAUCUGUGCCAUCUGGUUGGGAAUCUCUCCACCCUUCCCAGACUCCGACAUGCACUCCCAACCUGGACACAUCAUCCUGCAGUGCAAUGAAGGCUCAGUGGCCAUGUUUUAUACUGCCCUUGGCUACAUGGGCUUCCUAGCUGCCAUCUGUUUCAUGGUGGCUUUCCUAGCCAGGAAGCUGCCUGGGGCAUUCAACGAAGCCAAGUUGAUCACCUUCAGCAUGUUGGUCUUUUGCAGUGUUUGGGUGUCCUUUGUGCCUGCCUAUCUGAGCACAAAGGGGAAACACAUGGUGGCUGUGCAGGUCUUCUCCAUCUUGGCCUCCAGUGCUGGAUUACUGGGCUGCAUUUUUAUUCCCAAAUGCUACAUUAUCAUGUUGAGACCUGAUCUGAAUACAAAGGAGUACAUCAUGAUGAAAAGUAAAGCUGGUACCUGA